AUGGUAUUGGGUUCAUCUUUCUUAAUGAGAUGGUUAUUUUUGGUUGCUCUUGCUGCAAGUGUUUUCGCAGCUUUUCAUUUGGUAUAUACGCAAGGUAGACAGGAUCCAAUUUUUGCUUCGUAUCUCAGAAGUCACGAUAUUUCAGCACAGUUCAUACUUCAAAUUGUUUUUAUCCGAAAAUCCCGGUUUUCUCAUAAUCCAAAAUUAGGAUUGAGGAAUAAAAUGAAAAACGAUUCAGUGGCUGAACAAUCGUUUUCUCUUAUGAAAAUUAAACCAACCAUUACAACACAAUCUUUGCCUGAGAGUGAGCAUGAAUAUUCGGUGCAAAUAUUUUAUUAUCCUUGGUAUGGGAACCCGAAAUUUGAUAAAAAAUACUAUCACUGGAAUCAUAAUUAUCUUCCUCAUUGGAAUCCAGAAGUUUCACGAAAAUACACAAAAGGUUUUCAUGUACCACCAUCAGACAUUGGUUCAAAUUUUUAUCCACUUUUGGGGCCUUAUAGCAGCCGAGAUCCUAAUGUGAUUGAGCAGCACAUGAAAUGGAUGUCAUCUGCUGGCGUAGACGUUGUGGUUGUUUCUUGGUAUCCUCCUAGAAUUGCUGAUGAACAAGGCCAUUCGUGGGAUGAUUUAAUGCCUGUUUUAUUGGAUGCUGUGGGUAAAUAUCGUAUGAAAUUGUCGUUUCAUAUGGAACCAUACAAAAACAGGAAUGGGAGUUCUAUUCGCGCUGAUAUAGAGUAUAUUAUCGAUAAUUAUGGCAGUCACUCUGCUCUUUUUAAGAUGAAACAACCUAAACAGAGGAAAAACGUUAAUAAAAGUGAACAAAAAGGAGAGCUUUUUGAAGUAAAGAAUUUACCAGUGUUGUAUUUUUACGAUUCAUAUCUCGUACCUUCUGCUGAGUGGAAAGCAUUAACUACGCAAAAUGGCAAAUUUUCAGUGAGAGGAGGCAAAUACGAUAUUCUUUUUAUUGGACUUUUGGUCAAAUCUGAGGAUAGGCAUACUUUACUCAAGGCAGGAUUUGAUGGAAUUUAUACAUAUUUCGCAACGGAAGGCUUUUCUUAUGGUUCAACACCUUCUAAUUGGCCUUCAUUGAGCUCCUUUUGCAGAAAAAAUAAUUUGCUUUUCGUACCGUCAGUGGGUCCUGGCUAUGAUGACCGUCGUGUCCGACCUUGGAAUGAAAAAAAUUUAAGAAAUCGCGAAAAUGGAAAAUAUUAUGCUGAAAUGUUUGAAAUGGCUCAUAUUGCAAGGGCAAAUAUUGUGACAAUUACAUCAUUUAAUGAAUGGCAUGAAGGCACCCAAAUUGAACCAGCUAUUCCAUUCACUGAUAAUGGUACAGGAUUCGUAUAUAGCACGUAUGCGCAGGGACCAGAACAAUAUCUUCAUGAAACCCUUGACCAUGUUAAAAAAUAUUUCACACCACUGGAUAAAAUUGCUCCUGAAAAAAUCGUCAGUGUGGUAUAAAC